GGUGGUGUAGUGAUUAUGCUCUACACUGUGAUGUAUUAUAUCGUCAUACUGGCUUGGGCCUUCCUCUAUCUGUUCUUCUCCUUCAAUGCUGAGCUCCCCUGGUCCAACUGUAACAACACCUGGAACACAGACGACUGCAUUGUUUACGGUCAGAAUCAUACAUCAAAUGGACAGAUUUUGGGGAAUGCAACAUCUUCAGUUAGAGAAUUCUGGCAAAGAAGGAUCUUGGGUCUGUCUGGAGGAAUUGAGGAGCUGGGUAGUAUCCGCUGGGAUUUGGCUGGGUGUCUUCUACUAAGCUGGAUCAUCUGUUUCUUCUGUAUCUGGAAAGGAGUCAAGUCUUCUGGAAAGGUUGUCUAUUUCACGGCUACUUUUCCCUAUGUGAUGAUAGUCGCAUUACUGAUUCGAGGUCUGACAUUACCAGGAGCUGCAGAUGGAAUUCAAUUUUACCUCUUGCCUAAUCCAAGCCGCCUUGCAGAUCCUCAGGUGUGGAUGGAUGCUGGGAGCCAGAUAUUGUUCUCCUAUGCUGUAUGCGUAGGUUGUUUGCAGUCUAUGGGAAGCUACAACAAAUACAACAACAACUGCUAUAAAGACUCGUUUGCCCUGUGUCUGCUGAAUAGUUUAACCAGCUUUGUGGCGGGCUUUGCAGUCUUCUCUGUCCUUGGCUUCAUGGCAAAUGAGUUGGGUGUCAGCAUCUCAACGGUGGCUGAAUCAGGCCCUGGCCUGGCGUUCAUUGCCUACCCUCAGGCCGUAGCCAUGAUGCCUCUUCCCCAACUCUGGGCUGCGUUCUUCUUCAUUAUGAUCAUCUUCCUUGGACUGGACAGUCAGUUUGUGUAUCUGGAAGGCAUGAUCACAUCCAUAUCGGACAUGUACCCGUCCUUCUUCUUGACUGGUCAUCGACGUAAACUCCUUCUGCUGGCCGUCUGUGUGGGAUGCUUCCUUGCUGGACUGUUGAUGGUCACUGAGGGUGGACUUUAUAUAUUUCAGCUGUUUGACUACUACGCUUGCAGUGGAAUGCCACUAAUGUUUUUUGCUAUUUUGGAACCUGUUUGUUUGGGAUGGGUAUAUGGUGCUGAUCACUAUUAUGACAAAAUUAAGGACAUGAUUGGCUACCGCCCUCGGCCCUAUAUGAAAUAUUGUUGGAAGUACAUCACACCGGCUGUCUGCACAGGCGUAUUGCUGUUCUCCCUGAUCCAGUUCACCCCCAUGAAAUACAACAACACCUACCAAUACCCGUGGUGGGGCUACGCCAUUGGGAUAUUCUUUACUCUCUCUUCAGUUCUCCUGUUUCCUCUUUGGUUUCUCUACAGCGUGACUGUAACCCCGGGGACUCUGAGACAGAGACUCAGAGUCUUAUGCACUCCAGCAGAGGAGAUGCUCAGCUCGUCAACAAAGAGGACUGUCGACGCUGAAGCACGUCAGUCCUUCACAAAAGAUGAAGUGUGCCCCUUGAACAUGGCUGAAAAACCCACAGAUGUCAUUUCUGAGGGUUAUUUCUUAGAGUCAAAACAAGAGCACUGA